AUGUCUGCUACUGAGACCAUCACCAAGCCUGUCCAGCCGGAUAUUCAGUAUCAUCCAGAAUACGAGAAAUACAAAGAGCGUACACGUCGUCGCAAGGAGAAUGAGAAUCUACAGACCACCCUACCUGCUGGGUUCCCCCAGCAGCUCGUAUCACCGCUAGUCUGGGAAGGCAAGGAUGUCGAGAAGCGGGAUGACUGGAUCUAUCAGUUGAACGAUGAUCAGUUGGAUGAGAUAGAUACAGCGCUGAAGAGUUUCAAAGCCCUCAACCUCCCUCUGGGGCAUAUCAACCAGUCAACCUUCGCUCUACCGAGCCUCCGACCCCUCCUGCGAGAACUGUCAAAGGAAAUCCAUAAUGGCCGAGGAUUCGUGGUUCUACGAGGCCUACGUAUAGAUGAUUACUCCCGCGAAGACAAUAUCAUCAUCUACACCGGAGUAUCCUCUCACAUCGGAAGUAUACGCGGGCGCCAACAGGAUACCCGACUAGCCAAUGGCACUUCGCCCGUGAUAUCGCAUAUCAAAGACUUAACCAGCACGACCGAGCGAGGACAGAUUGGCGCGCCAUCCAACACAGCCGACAAGCAAGUCUUCCACACCGAUGCCGGGGAUAUCAUAUCCCUGCUAUGUCUUAACCGAGCCGCGGAAGGAGGCGAGAGCUACCUGUCUAGUAGCUGGCACGUCUAUAACAUCCUGGCGAAAGAGCGACCGGAUCUCAUCCAUACGCUGUCGCAAGACUGGCCAGUUGAUGGUUUCAACAAUCCGUCCAAGCCCUAUACCCUCCGCCCUUUGCUGUAUCACCAACCAGCCACGGCAAACACGCCAGAGCGCGUCCUGAUCCAAUACGCUCGCAGAUACUUCACUGGCUUCCUGGCUCAGCCCCGAUCCAAGGAUAUUCCUCCGAUCUCAGAAGCUCAAGCCGAGGCACUCGAUGCGAUGCACUUCUUGGCCGAAGAGCACAGAGCUUCCCUCGAUUUUCAGAAGGGGGAUGUUCAGUAUGUGAAUAAUCUGAGCAUUUUCCAUGCUCGCAAUGGAUUUAGAGAUGAGCCCGGUCAAGAACGCCAUCUCUUGAGACUUUGGCUACGUGAUCCCGAGCAUGCAUGGGAAACACCUGGGCAGCUUCAGCAUCGCUGGGAUACAGUUUUCAAGGAUGUUGCGGAGGAUGAGCAGACAUUCCCAUUGGAGCCCGCUAUUCGCAAGAAUAUCGGGUCUUGA